GCCCUUGAAGCGAAGCACCCACGACACCUUCACUCUGGCAUCCCUCCCGAGCUUAAGACCACUCUUGACAAGCUUGUGCACAUGAGCUCCGAGGAUGUCGGUGCUGAGCGCACUGCACAGCUUCGCAAGUGGGUUGGCAGAGCGGUGGAGUUGCGGGACACAGAAGUGGCGCUCAAGGAGCGCAUGCCAAGCCAUUGUUCCAAGGUUCUGAAGGGCAAGAGGCUCGCGGUGUUCAAGGAGAUGUUGGAGGCCAGUGGCCAUGGCGAUGAAACAAUCGUGGGGGACAUAGCUGAGGGCUUUAAGUUGAGCGGGCCCAUUCCCAGCUCGGGUGUUUAUAGGGCAAAGAGGACUUCGGCGACUCUCAGCACAUCUGCUCUUCGCAAGGCUGCACAUGUGCUGAGGCGUGGAAUAAUACAUUCCACACGUGGCUCUGGCGACCGCGAGUUGGACGAGGCCACCUUUGCUGCAACAUCCGAUGAGCUUCAGAGGGGUUGGCUUUUUGGCCCGGUUUCAGAGAGGGAUCUUCCUGUGGACGCGAUUGUCACACGUCGAUUUGGUAUCCGCCAAGGCGGGAAAUGCCGACCGAUAGACAAUUAUCUUGAAUCGGGAGUGAACUCUACAGCUAGUUCUGAGGACACCAUCACAGUGCAUUCAGCCGAUGUCAUCGCAGCCGCGAUGAUUUACAGGGCCUAUAAAAACCUUGCGUUGCACUUGGAAUCGAUACCGGACGCUUUCUUGUCAAUAUGGAACCCUCAUCGAGCAUGCACAGAGAUUUAUGGUCAACAUGUCUUGCCGUUCGGAGCCCGUGCAAGCGUGCACGGAUUUUGCAGAACAUCAUUGUCAAUAUGGAGCAUUGGAGUGGCGAUCUUCCUGCUGCACUGGGGGGUGUUCUUUGAUGAUUUCAUUGGAUGCGAGACACCGGUGCUCUCCAAGCUUUUUGAGCUGUGCGCAGAUGGCCUCUUCAUGAUCCUUGGAUGGACAACGGCAGCUGACAAAGGUUCGGACUUUGACACAAUUGCUAAGGUGCUUGGCUUAAAGAUUGAUUUGAGUGAGUGCAAGCUUGGAACCAUCCGCUUCGCAAACACAGAUAAUCGACGUGACGAGCUUGUUGCAACCUUGACCGACAUCCUCGAUGCAGGAGCUGUCGCGCCAUGUUUCCAGGGGAGGUGCAUCACUGACCGAUCAUGCUAUACUUGGCACUUGUAUGUGGAUGCUUCAAAUGACAAUGAGAAGGCGGGCAUCGGAGGGAUACUUCUUUCUGAAGCUGGUUCUUACAUCGGCCAUUUCAGCGAAUAUCUUGACGAGUCUGCAAAGGGCAUCCUUAACACGUCCGAAAGCGAGAAUCCGAUCUUCGAGCUUGAGUGCUUUGCCAUUUGGUGUGGCAUUUGGACGUGGGCACGGCUCUUCCGAAAUACUCAGGUGAUCAUCUUCACUGACAACGAAGGCGCUCUCUACAGCAUGGUGAACGGCAGGAGUACUAAUGAUGCUGGGAGUCGGAUCGUUUCAUCCACGCAUAGACUGCUUGAUGAACAUUUUGUCAACUCUUGGUUCGAGAGGGUGAAUACCUUCUCCAACUUGGCCGAUGAGCCAUCGCGCGGGAUUUCCAAAACCGAAUGGGGUGCUCGAGCUGCCAUUGAUUGCGAUCGCCUCGCUCAGAUGGCAAUUGGAUCAGGGGGUGAGUUGCCACUGACCGAGUGA